AGACAUCGCCGCUAGCUAAUCAGUGGUGCCCGUCUUCCAGAAGUCAGAACUUUGGCUGGGCGGGACUUCCUGUUUCAAAUAAACACCUUAGAGGUUUUUCCCCCUCCGCCCACCGAAGUAUCUUCCCCACCCGGGAUGUUCGUCACGGUUUCUCUGUGAGGGCUUGAAGGAAAUUACGGGUAGGAAGAGGGCACGGUUAGGGUCUGGGACAGUUAGUUAGGGCGAGCUGGAGCUUCCGGGCCCCGGAACCUCGUUCUGGUUCUGCUUGACUUCAGGGCCCACCGGCCCACGAUUUGGCCGCCAGAGCCAACUUGGAAGAAAAGUCUGAGGAGACUUCUCGUUGGGCCCGGAAGAAAUCGGCCCCUUCCUGCGGCGAACGGCACUCAGGAUCUGCUAGUUGCCUUGGGCGCCAAAGUCUGUUGAGUGCAAGAAGGGCCCAAGGACUUGAUGGUUGAGGAGGGAAUUUGUCGGGAAGGAGGCCACCUGGGGAAUGACACUCUCCCCUCCACCACAGUGCGAGGUUAUGCGACUCAAUGAUCCCGCGGAAACGCUACGGGUCUAAGAACACGGAUCAGGGUGUCUACCUGGGUCUCUCAAAGACACAGGUCCUGCCUGCAACUGCUGGCAGUAGCAGCGGCGACAUCACCCCUCUGCCCCCUCCAGUGGUCCUGAUCCCUCCCCCUCCCGACACCAUGUCCUGCCGGGAUCGGACCCAGGAGUUCCUGUCUGCCUGCAAGUCCCUGCAAAGCCGUCAGAAUGGAAUCCAGACUAAUAAGCCUGCUCUUCGUGCUGCCCGACAGCGCAGUGAAUUUACUCUCAUGGCCAAGCGCAUUGGGAAGGACCUCAGCAAUACGUUUGCCAAGCUGGAGAAGCUGACAAUCUUGGCAAAGCGCAAGUCCCUCUUUGAUGAUAAAGCAGUAGAAAUUGAGGAGCUAACAUAUAUCAUCAAACAGGACAUCAAUAGCCUCAACAAACAAAUUGCUCAGCUUCAAGAUUUCGUAAGAGCCAAGGGCAGCCAGAGUGGCCGGCAUCUACAGACCCAUUCCAACACCAUUGUGGUCUCUUUGCAGUCAAAACUGGCGUCCAUGUCCAACGACUUCAAAUCAGUUUUAGAAGUGAGGACAGAGAAUCUGAAACAGCAGAAGAGCCGGAGGGAGCAAUUUUCACGGGCACCUGUGUCAGCCCUGCCCCUUGCCCCCAACCACUUAGGAGGUGGUCCUGCCGUUUUGGGGGCUGAGUCCUGUGCCUCCAGGGAUGUGGCCAUUGACAUGGUGGACUCUCGGACCAGCCAGCAAUUACAGCUCAUUGACGAGCAGGAUUCCUACAUCCAAAGUCGGGCAGAUACCAUGCAGAACAUUGAAUCUACAAUUGUUGAGCUGGGCUCUAUCUUUCAGCAGUUGGCACACAUGGUUAAAGAACAGGAGGAAACCAUUCAGAGGAUCGACGAGAAUGUGCUUGGAGCCCAGCUGGAUGUGGAGGCCGCCCACUCAGAGAUCCUAAAGUACUUCCAGUCAGUCACCUCCAACCGGUGGCUCAUGGUCAAAAUCUUCCUCAUCCUCAUUGUCUUCUUCAUCAUCUUUGUGGUCUUCCUCGCGUGAGCCCACUGCAUUCUGAGGCACUCCAUGAGGGUUUGGGACCCUCCUGGGAGGGAAAGUGGCCACAGUUGCCACUGCGCCUGUGCAGGGUGCUUGGGAGAAAGGCCAUUUUCCUGGAACUGCUAAGAAUGGCCAAUGCCCCUGAAGCCCUACUCUUGCCUCUGGCCAUCUUGUCCUCCCCUCACACCCUCAGGCCCAUGAAAACCACAUGGUUCUGGAUUUGGACUCUACCAUGAAGUGGCUAGAAGGGAGCAAAAGCCAGCUAGGGGCCAGUGGGGGAGGUUGUUGCUACCAGGAGAUUUUUUUAAUAAGCCCCGGUCAACCUCUCCCCAAAGAAACCCUCAGCAAGGGAUGAUGACGCCCCUCCCUGCCUUUGUGAGUGAGGAGAGGAAGCGAAAGUGCCCCAAGGGACCAACUUCCCCAUCUGGGUUAUAACUUGACCAUCUUUCUCUCUUCACCAUGUGAGGCAGGGGUCUCUGAGCCCUUUAGCUGCCUCCGUGACCCCUAACUUUGGCUGCUGGUGACUUUCAAUCUGCCAAAUGUGUGCAGCCUAUAUCCCUCCAAUUACAGAGAGACUGUCAGCCUCA